UUUUUUGCAACAGGUAUACCCAGAGCUUAAAGUUGGAAAAAAUUCCAGGGGGAUUAAUGUCCCCUUAUAGUUUUAAACAUUCCAAAUAUAAUUUUGUAUUAUGUUUUGUGUCUAUGACUUAAUGUAUAAUAUUGAAUGUAUAUGUAAUGUAUAAACAGUGAUUGUGGAAGCAUACUCAUCCCACUUUUAACCCUUAAUAAUUAUAAUCCUAAUUUGUUAAAAGGGACACUUUUAAUCACCGUCAGAGAUAGGGGGACUGCGUUCCCUUGUGUUGCUUCACAUGAUGUUUUUAACCCCUGAGUAUACCUAAGUGUGUAAUAUAUACCAUUCUAGCAGUAAAAAAUAUUCAUUAUUUAUCUUUUUCUUAUAGUAUACAUACAGAGUGAUCCAGAAAGAGCUAAUAAAUGUAAUAAAAUAUGAUAACUUAUACAGAGUGAUUGUUGUUGACAUGCUCACCCUCAUUCAGACGUGGACUGAAAUAUAAGAUCAGCUGAAGAAAUGGCUUCAUAUAUGUUUCAAAAAACUAUAACAUCAAUUUGUACAUGUGGCUUACAGAAACUUUUACCUGACCUGUUUUUCUGUCGUCAUUGUAUUACACUUCGUUGUGACUUCUGUGUUAGUCAUGAAAUUGACACAACUUACUGUCCUCAUUGUUUUGAAAAUCUAUCAUCAACCGAAGCCAAACAUAAGAAAAACCGGUGUGCUUCUUGUCUAGAGUGCCCACGCUGUUUUAAUACUCUUUCAACACGUUCAUAUUCUCGAACACCCGAACCAAAAAAACCACCUCAAAAAAUGUAUUACUUACUCUGUUUAUUUUGUAACUGGCGAUCACAUGAGCCAAACAUACCUGAUCAGCCAACUUCUUCAGGUAACUGGCCAGUAAACAAAAAUCCAGAUGAUGGUCGUAUACUGGAUUUAAUCAAUUAUUAUAAAUCUGUUACUUUAAAAGAAGUAUUUGAUAAGCAGAAACGGAAUACCAAACAUUAUGGUCGUAAUUAUAUGCAUUUUUUGGAAAAAUUUGGUUUAAAUGCAAUGAUGGCUCGGAAAAAAGUAGGAUUUCCAAAUUUUCAUACAGAUGGUACUGGUUUUAGUACUUCAGAAAUUAAUCCAGCUGAAGCCAUUGAAAAUGUUCCUGAAUUAUCUGCAAACACAUUUGAAGAUAUUUUAGAUUUGAAACAAAUUUCCACUUUAGAACAACGUUUUGCAACUCCUGAACUUCAAGCAGAAAAUACUGAUGAUCUGUUUCCAAUUCGUAAACAUCUUAGAGUAAAACAUUCUUUACGUUGUCGUGUAUGUGAACAUAACGUUGUUAAACCAGAAUAUAAUGCUGUAAAGUUUAAAAUCAAACAUUUAGCUUAUUAUUAUGUGCCAGAAAUAAAAAUAAUCAAAUGUGAACCAUUACUAGCCGGUAAAUGGAGUUCCUUGGUACUUAAGUUAUGUAAUCCAUCACAAGCAUCCACAGCUGUACGUUUUGAAAAAUUAGAUUUAAAUGCUAUAAACAUAAUUAGAGAGCCAAGACAACUGGAAGGGGAAGAUCUAAUAUCUACUCCUAAGCAAUUGCCAGAACCAAUUCCUAUUGUAUUAGAAUUACAGGGUGAUAUUAUAGUUCCGGAAGGUGAAAUAAAAAUUGCAGCUAGAGAUGAUACAGCUGAAUAUGAUGAUACAAAUGAAGUAAAUACAGACAACGAUGACCCAAAAUAUGUAUAUUGGAGAAAAGGCAACAAAGUUGCAUUAAAAUUUGAAGUAAAGCCGAAUGAAAAUAUUAAAAAAAAUGAAAAUGUACAAUUAGGAUUUGUUAUGCAUUUUAUGUAUUCAGAUACAAUGUUACAUGUGAUUAAUCCAAAACAACCUCAAACUGUAUUAGUGCCUAUAAAAAUUGUACUGAAUUUACCUAACUCUUUUUAAUUUUUUAUUCAAAUUCAAAGUAAAUUAAUUACAUUUGGUAUUAAAAUAAUAAUGAUAUAUAAUUUUCAAGGAUAUAAAAAUAGUUUUGUAAUUAUGAAUGAUAAAUAUGAAACAAAUAAUAAGGUAUUGUUCUACUUAUUAAUAAAAAAAAAAAUGUUUGCUAUUUUAAGGAUUAAAUAUAUGUAUAUAAAUUAUUAGUUAACAUUGUUUACCUUUAUCAAUAUUGAAUCCAGAAAAUAUUUAAUAAUUAAUUUAUUGUACUUUACAAAAAAAUAUAUUUUUCAAUAUUCUUAAAAUGUUAAAUGAUUGUUAUAAUAAUAUUAGUCAUUUAAAAAUUAAUCAUAGAUAACCUAAGUAUAUUAUAUUUUAUAAUAAGAAUAUUAAUAUUUAAUAUAAUCGUAUAUUAAAUAUCUGACUAUUGUCCAAACUCUGAUUUAAUAUUUUGAUAAGUGUAUAAUAUAAAUUUAAAAUUAUAAAGUAUUUACAUUUUCAUUGUUUAGUUAAGAAUAAAUAAUUCAUAAUUGAAAUAAGUUUUACAGCAUUAGUUUAACAUUUAUUAAC